GAAGUAGAGGAAGUAAACCAACAGGCAACAGUCAGGUGGAGUGGAGGCAGCCUGGAGUUUUUCCUUCAUUAGUUAAAUAUUUUCAUUUGUUUCAGUAAAAAUGUCUUCAGUUCAGCGUCUGAGGGAGUUUAUCAGAGAGCGACUAACUGCUGCUGCCGAAGAAAUCUUCACAGAGGUUGAUAAAACCAUCGUCCGCUACGAGGAAGACAUCAGACUGAUGAAAACCUACUGGAACCCGCAGAUAAAACUCCACAGAAUCGAUCUAAAAAAAUCCCAUUCCUCAAAUGAGAAGGAAGCUUUGGCCAUCCAACAGCCUUGUAACCAGUGGAAGAUGUUCAGUCAUGACCAGGAGGAAGCAGGACCUCAUUGGAAAGGAGAGGAUGAACCAAGACCUCUGAUUAAAGAGGAAGAAGAAUCUCCAGAACCUGUACCGAUCAAAGAAGAAAAUGAGAUAACCGAAUCUAAAUGGGCUAGAGAGGAUCCAAAAGAACCAGAAUGGCUACUAAAUGAAAAACGGGAUGAACCUGGACCUCCAUGGAAUGAAGAAGAUGAUGAGGAACCAGCAUCCAUACUGAAUAUAUUACAGCAGGAACAAAAUUCUUCAGUAUAUAUUUAUGAGCAGGGGCAACAAGAAUAUUUGCCUCCUCAAAGGAACCAGAAGGACCUAAGCAGCAGUCAGGAGGAUGAGAAGACUGUCAACACCCAGUCGAUCACUUUGAUGGAGACUGUUACUUUACAGGAACUAGAGUCAAGUGAAAGAAAACAAAGAACUGAGCAGCCUUCCUUUCAUAGGCCUCCUGUAUUGAAGAACAGUGAUCAUUAUAAAAGCCACACAGGUGAACACUGUUUUUUAUGUAAGCUAUGCGGGAAACGUUUCUCUCAUAAUAGUUGUUUAAAUUAUCACAUCAGAACUCAUACCGGUGAGAAACCUUUUUCAUGUAAGACAUGUGGAAAAUGUUUCACUCAGAAUAGUCAUUUGAAGGUUCACAUCAGAACUCACACAGGUGAGAAACCAUUUUUAUGUAAGAUAUGUGGAAAAGGUUUUUCUCAGAAUAAUCAUUUAAAUGUUCACAUCAAAACCCACACAGGUGAGAGAACUUUUUUAUGCAAGAUAUGUGGAAAAGCUUUCUACAGAGCUGAUCAUUUAAAUGAUCACAUCAGAACCCACACAGGUGAUCACCAUUUUACAUGUGAGACAUGCGGAAAACAUUUCCUUCUUAAACGUACUUUAAAUGUUCACAUCAAAUCACACACAGGUGAGAAACCUUUUUCUUGUAAGAUAUGUGGAAAAGGUUUUUCUCGAAGUAGUAAUUUAAAUGUUCACAUUAAAACCCACACAGGUGAGAAACCCUUUUCAUGUAAGAUAUGUGGAAAAAGUUUUCCUCGGAAUAAUGGUUUACAGGCUCACAUCAAAACCCACACAGGCGAGAAACCGUUUUCAUGUAAAAUAUGUGAAAAAGGUUUUUCUGAGAGUAGUAAUUUAAAGGUUCACAUGAAAACCCACACAGAUGAGAAACCCUUUACUUCUUAGACAAAUGGAAAAGGUUCCUUUCACAUUUAAUAGGAGCAUCUUGUCGCUACCACUUAUCUGUGCAUUUUGGACGAUUGGAAUUAUGUUAGAUUCUUUUCAUCCUGGAACAUUGUUUUAUCACAGGUCUAGGAGCUCUAACCACUGUCUUCAUUAAACCACAGACUCUGACACUGUUUCACUCAUUUACAAAGUCCUGGGUUUAACUCCCCCUUAUAUUUUAUCCCUUAUUGUUAGGAAAUAUUCAGUAGAUUACAGAUAAGUUCAUUUAAUAAAUGAGCCCAAGAUUAACGUCGGUCCUGGCAAACAAAAAAACUUCCAGUUUGCAGUUUGCUUGGAGUGGAAUUAAUGCCAAAGGACUUAAAGCUGAAGCAGCUGGUCAUUGGUUCUUUGUGAAAUUCUAAAGUUCAUCAAAGGAUCUGUUUAGAAUGGAUGUGUAUGUGUGUUUAUAUAAGAACAUCUCGAAAUGAGAAUACAUGCCAAUACAUUUCCAAACAAUCCUAGGAGAAAGUUUGGAGUUAGAUAAAGCUUAUUGAACAUCCAGAGAUGGCUUGUAUUUAAUACUUUUUAACUAGUGUUUCGUCUUAAAGGCAGAUUUUAAAAAAAGAUGAAAAAGAAAAGCUAAGUUUCAUUGAAGAAUCAAUGUAAUAUGAGAUUGGUACCAAAAAUACCUCGAAGGGUAUUGAUGAAAUAUUGCAAAAAAGGUCAAACAAAAGACAAAUGUUACCCACAGACUAUAAUAAUCUGCUAUUGACAAAAUAUUGAAUCGCUUUUUUGUCCUGAAUGUAGGUGAUAAAAUCCCUACCAGAUUAGAUUGUUCAUUAGUGGUCCAUUUAGAAAUCAUUUCUACCAUGUAUAUAUGUUUUUAGCCAACUUUAGACCAAUGUAUAUAUUGUUUAAUAGUCUGUAAAAAUUAAUAGUGUGUUUUUUGUAACAUAGUCUAAGUUUGAUUGAAAUAUUGUCAUUUUAGAGGCAGAAAUAAAUUGUUUAUAUUAUAACCAUUAUUCUGACAACUGACUUCUUUUUAGAGUCCAAGGGUUUAUUCUGACAAAGAUUAGUUCCUUCUUACCCUUUACUAUAGUUUUUCCAGAUCUUUUCAGCUGUAAUAUAGUCUGAGUGGGGUAUCUUUCAGCAUUAUUUCUGGAUAGAAAGGUUUUGUCUUCAUAUCAAUGUGGGGGGGUCCAUACUGUUUUUCCACAUUUGAUUCAGAAACUCUCAAAAUUAGGCGUAUUUACUAUUUAUCCAUCAUGUAGUUUUAUUAGGACAGUUUUAAAACCUGAUCAAUUCCGGCUUAUCUCCAGGGCAAUUAUUAAACAAACUCUCAGGUCCAACAUUGUUCAGCAAGGCCAGCUUUUGAUCUUUACCUGACUACAUACGUCACUUUCAGAGUACAGACAAAUUCAGUACAGAGGUGGAAAAGUACUGCAUGCUUCUAAAUAGCAAAGCAAAAACAACUCUAAGGUUUCAGAGGGAGACUAAAAUAUUAAUUUUCAGCUUUGGCUAAAAUUAUGUGUGUUCAAAAAGAUGCACAUCUUUUUAUCUCCAUUGGUAACAUUGUAUUAAUUUAUAUAUUUCCCAUCUGCUUAUUUUUUCUGCUAUUUGUUUUCUUUUGUAAUAUAGUGUAACCUUUAGUUGACAUCAAAUGGAGGCUCCUUAUAAGCUCACUGAGUUUUCCCCUCCUCCAUAAUAGUUUCUAUAAUGUUAACUGGUGAUGUGCAAAUAAAUAUAUUUAUACAAUU